AUGACGCAAAACGGCUACAUCGUCGCUCCCGCCGCAGCCUCGGCAGUGCCCCGCGCACUCCCCGAGAUUUGCUACACGUUGCGGCGGAAAGUGAUGGCGUUCCUGGAACAGCAGCCCGCCGAUAACGAUGUCGCACUGAAGAACACGCAGAAGCAGGCGAGGGCUUCAAUCAAGAUUGUCGAAGAGGCCUUGCGCCGGUAUCAGCCCGACGAACUGUCUCUCUCAUACAAUGGAGGCAAAGACUGUCUCGUCUUGCUCGUCCUCAUCUUGGCCUGCCUGCCGGCCCUGUACGAUCCCUCAAUCACAACCAACGGCGACGCCCCCGUUUCCAAGAACCCGCCGCCGACCAUCCAAGCUGUCUACAUUGCGCCGCCCGAUCCCUUCCCCGAAGUCGAGGAAUUUGUUUCAAGUACCACAAAGGAAUACCAUCUGGAUUUGACUCGCUAUGCGCUGCCAAUGCGGCAAGCCUUGGAGGCGUACCAAGCCGACAAGCCCGCCGUCAAGGCGAUUUUCAUGGGCACACGGCGCACCGAUCCAUUCUGCGAGUUUCUCACUGGAUUCAGCCCCACGGAUAAGGGCUGGCCGCAGUUUAUGAGAGUGAACCCUGUUUUGGACUGGCACUACACAGAUAUUUGGACCUUUAUCCUCCGCCUUGAUAUUCCCUUCUGCAGCCUCUAUCAACAGGGCUACUCAUCCCUUGGCGGCGUCAAAAACACCCGCCCUAACCCCGCUCUUGCCGUUGGCUCCGAAGGGACCAAGUUUCGACCAGCGUAUGAACUUGUCCGCGAUGACGAAGAGCGGCUAGGCCGCGACAAGUAG